AUGGCGGCAUAUUUCAAAUUACCACUUUUUAACCAGCAAAACUAUGUAGAAAUCAAACUUUCACAACCGGAAGGAACCAGUCACUUUGCUGUUGCUACUGGAGGUGACAUGGACAUCGUCUGUUGUGUUGACGUCAGCGGUUCGAUGUCUGGUAGUCCUAUAAACAAUGUUUGUGAAGUCUUACGUGAUAUAUAUCAACGUACACAAAAAGACUAUCGUCUAUUCACGUACAAUACUCAGACAGAUGGCAAACGUACAUUAAAGACAUUAUUUGAACGAAACGAAAGUUUGCAUGCCAGUGGUGGAACUUCAUUUGCCAGUAUAUUUACUGCCAUCAAAGAUUAUCUUCUACAAAAUGCAUCAGCAAAAAAGCCAAUAACCUUCAUAUUUAUGACUGAUGGACAAGAUAAUGAGCCAAAUGGGUCAGCGUUGCAAAAGAGUAUUCAAAUGUUAAAAUUGAUAUUGAGUGGAAUGACAAAUCUGCCUCCCAUUACGUUCCAUGUGAUCGGUUUCGGUGAAGUGAACGACGCAUUUCUUAAUCAAAUCCGAACGUUUGGCACUCGUCAAGGUCUCUUUCGUUAUUCGACAGAAUCCAAAGAAUUACAGAAUAAUUUUAAUGAUAUGUUCGAAUGUGCAUUGAAUAUUCGUCAAUUCACUAUCAAGUUCCCAAAUGGGAAAACUUAUAUUGCAAAUAGUAUUGAUAACGAAACCGUUGGCUUUCUUACAAACGAUGGUGACGAUCUCAGUGCAAUGACCGAACUGACACUCAUUGAUGAUACAACAACAGCAACACAAUUUCCUCUGCUACCGAUGAAGGACAUCCGCGCGAUACAUCUUCUGCAUGCGCUGAAUCUUAUUCAGCCAGAAAACGAAGAACAGGUCAAAUCAAUUCAAGCCUAUUUGAAUGAUAUUCGAAUAACAAAUAGCAAAAAUUUUGCGGAACGUCUGGAAGCCGAAGAAAUUUACAAGGAAAUCGAUCAACGCAUGAUGGAAUAUCGACAGUUAUUCACACAAUUGAAUAUGACUCAAGUACCCGAACGUGUCAAAUUGCAAUUGAGUGCAUUGAGACAUGAUCCAAUAUUUGCGAAUACCCAACGAAAGAAGAAGUUGGACUUGAGAGUCUACAAGAAUGUCAAUUAUUUCAAAAAAACAGAUAUCAGUGGGAUAUUACAAGGAUAUAAAGAUUCUAUUACGCCGAAUACAUGGCAACAGAUUAAAGAACAGAAACAGGAUUGGGUAGAUAUCUAUUCUAAUGAAGAUAUCUAUGAAGUUAUGAGAAAAUCAACCGAUAAUAUCUUAUGUUUGGGUAUUUUUGUUCAACGUGACGAAGAAGUCAUCAACAAUCCCGCGAAAGGUUUAAAACUUUUGAAAGUGACCAACACUAUAAUUUCUUACGACUCAUUUAUCAAUGGAAUGAAUGUAGCAAAAAAUAAUCAACAAGCUCAAGGACAAUUCACUACUUUAAAUGAUCUCUAUUCUAUUUCUGGUGCUCUCGCCGACGAACAAAUCAAUGCAGUCAUACCUUUGUAUAUCAAUGAUGAACAUAUGAAACGAAUACGUAUACUUGAAGGUAUUUGGCUUGGUUAUCUCUAUACGUUAGAUAGUUACGGAUAUGAUAAACAACAAGAAGUUGCACUUUUAAAAUUACUCUUUGAAAUUAUUCAACAAAGUCCAAAUACCCAACGACAAAAACAAAUCUUAAUCGAAUUAGAGAAAGUAUGUCGAUUUAUAAUCGAUGAAUCCCAAGGUUUUAAAACUGCCGAACCAUUUGGUGAAAAGACCCAUGAAAAACUAUUGAAUCGAUUACCCAUUGCGAAUACUCAAGAUUAUGAUUUAUCUAUACCAUUAAUGAUUGGUUAUUUAAGAAACGAUCUUACAUCUGUUCUCGUACCAAUUUAUUAUGAAUAUCUUCGACAAGAAUAUCUAAAGAAAUAUCCAAAAAAUUCAACAAAAGUGAAAACAAUUGUAGAAAAUCUUAUCUAUGGUUGUAAUGUAAAAGAUUUACCAACUACUUCAAGUGAGAAUAAUUCAAACACAUUAGUCGAAAACAGCGUACCGGAUUUUAUUGAAAGAUCUUUUAUCGAUUAUUUUCAUGAAAUAUUGUCUGAACCAAUUCGAUUAACAUCAAAAAAAAUAAUGGAACAAACUCAGGCACGAACAAUACGUAAGGAAAUCGAAUUGGAUUAUAUUAAAAGUUUGCUCUUACCAUUACCCGAUUUCAUUCGAGCUAUGUUAAUUCGUUGUCAAAUCGAUGAAGAUUACAUUGAAAAACAUUUUGAUUACGAUACUUUAAGAUAUGAAUUCUUAAUUACAUUUUAUUAUUUGAUAUAUUCCGAUACAAAUAGUGGAGGACUUUUAUAUUUACCAAAGAAAGAAAAUAUUUUAUCUAUUAUUGAUGGAAAAUUCCAAUGUGAGAAACAAUCUACUGUAGUUCAUAAUUACGGAGUAGAUUCCCAUCUCGUUAUUUAUGUUGCUCUGAACUGUAAGACAUUGGAAGGUUUUGCUGGUGUCAUGCAAAAAUAUUGCCCAGACCGUCGUGAUUAUAUAUUUAGUCAGGUUUUUAUAGAAUUACUUGAAUCGUUUGAUAAAAACGAAGAUGAUGCCGUUGACGGAGCAACUAAGAAAGAAAAAUUAAUGGCUUUGCUAAAAAAUCAAAUUCCAACAACAAUGUCCACUAAAGUAAUUUACAAGGAUAUGGAAGAGUGUCAUUCAUUACCAUCCAUAGAUGAACAAUUAUGUAAAUUGCGACGAUUUAUUGAUGAAAAGGAAGUUGAAGAGGUUACAUUACAAAAUCAAGGAAGACUAAUAGUUUAUUGUCGCAGAACACUUUUAGAAGAUCGACAAUGUCGAAGAAAGAGAAACUAUCGAUUUUUCUUAUACCCAAUUUAUGAAGAUUCCUUUUGA